GUGCACCUAUUAAGCAAGUUAAGAGAAGCUAUUCGCUCAACUUUUAGCGGCGUUUUUCAUACCCUGUCCUACUCUGCAUUUAUAAAGCCAGCAUGGCGCCGUCUAAUUGAAAUAUAAUAGUCUGUCCUUCAAGUGUUUACAGGACGUAUACACAUCUACCAACGGUUCUCCUUACACACGUUUAUUGACCGGUGCGUCGGAGGCUUACUUCGAUAUCAUAAGUGUUAUUUACCGCACAUUCUUAAGAGUAGAGUUUUCGAUAUGGACCCCGAUCUCACCGCAUUACUUGUUGCUAACAGCUUAUCCACUCCAUACGCUCAUUCCACGAUGGCAGAGGGCCUUCUCUUGCCUCUCCUUUUGAACCAACUUGAGGACGAAGAGACGGAAGACGCUGAUGAGUCUUCGGGUGAUGAUGAUGAAGAGCCUCCACCUCCUCGCAAACGUUUGAGGCAUAACAAAGGUGUUGACGAAAAGUCCAGUUCAAACCUAGAAGACUCUGCUGCCGUUGCCAUUACAGGCUCCCCGUCAUCAAUUCUACCUCCGCCAACUAAGGAAUACGUCGAGCUUCGGCUGCAACUCGCCCGUUUCAAGAACGUCUAUCGUAUUGUUCGCCUCCCCAUUACAUUCACUUUCGCCCAUCUCUAUCAGUUCUGUCUGUAUAGCUUCGGUUGGAGUGGCCAGCAUCUGCACCAGUUCGAGGUGCUAACCAACGUCGAGAUGUACUCUGCCCAGUAUAAACCAGGAGAAAUCAAAUCCUGGAGUAUUCCCGUACCUCCCGAGCCUGAUUCCGAUGACGAGCAGGCCCACAUGGUAUGGUAUUUCAGGUCGAAUUUUCCGAGGCAGGAGCCAUACGUGCGUGUCGUUCCAAAGCUCAGGAAGAGAAGAGAUGGAGCGGUUUCCACGCAUGACGAGUUUGAUUGUUACACUCUUGUGAAAGAGGAAGGCGCCCUUACGCUUGGUCAAGUCUGGAGCAAUAAGGAACGACGGAACAUCACCAAGGGAGAUUGCAACAACCAUGCGAUCGCUAUUAGGCUGGAGUACGAUUUGGGAGCGAGCUGGAGUGUGGAUAUCAGCUUGUCCGACCCAGAGAAGUAUUGGUGGAAAUAUGACACUCCUGACAAUCAUCCGAAGAUCAUAAAGGCGAAAGGAGCUCCUCCCAUCGAAGAUGCCCGAGGUGACGUGCCAGGUUCAGGAACUCGACGGAAACAAAAAGUCGGUGUCGCCCAAGUAUUUCGACUCUCAGUAUUUCGCCAAAUACCUUAGCGGAGAAGUAGGCUCACGCGCAAGAAAGACCGAGCUGGACAUAUAUAAUAUUGAGGAGAGGAAGACGCAAGAGAAAAGGGAAGAAAAGGCACAUACAUCUGAAGAGGAGAAUACUGAGGCCUAUGAUUCGGAGGAUUAUUAGCCCAACCCUCAUUUAUCUCGUGAAAAUAUAGCUAUCCUAAUGUACUCUAAUACCAUGUAAAUGAAUCUGAUGGUCCCACAUUAUAGCGGUACCUGUCGCUAAUUCUCCUAACUUACUUCUAUUGCCACACGAUAUUACGACGUUUAGAAGGUUCAAGAGGCAAUUCAACGUGCAUCUAAAAGGUGCGGCCGUUCUGCAUGCAGGUA